AUGUCACCAUCCAGACCCUCGUCCGCACAGCGACUCAUCAUCAGACUUUCCCCCCUCUACUCCACAGUUACGUGCAACCUCACUCGCCUCUCGAGACCACCUCGUCCUGCCGCCAAGCCCUCUCCGUCAUUAUCCCAAAGCUCUUAUCACCCCAAAAUCUCUCAACCCAGCGCGUCCCCCAUCGAUUCAACCCACGCCUCGUCUCCAACCUCAGAGCCACCACACUUGCUCAACCCUCCUCAUUCUCCGUCCGAAGGUCCCCACUCAUUCCGGUCUCCUGUCAACUCACCCUAUACUUCCUCCCUCUCCUCGGCGGGCGCGGUCCCGUCCCUCCUCAACCUUCUAUACGCCCAGAAUCCUACGGCGCAUCUCUCUCCGUCAGUCCUUCUCGGAUGUCUACUCUCCUCCAUCCCCGGGACAGACUUCCCCUCAUCUGAAUCCACACGUUCUCAUGCGAUCGAAUCUUUCUCGUGA